AUGCCUGCAACUGCGUCUAAGUCUUCACUUGUGACUCGCACUCGAGUCGAUCAUGCGUCGUCCCUUAAUGCAUCCCCUGGACGCCCGUUUCGCGUAGGAAGUGACGGUCUGCCCCUUCUUCCUUGCCACAAUGCUCCUGUACGUGUUAUCUCUACCUCCGAGCCGAUAUUACCUGCCGUUGCGCAGUUUGGCCACGUUGACCGCGCAGAAGACGUGCGCAAGCAGUUUGAAGCAUUUUACAGUCGUACAAAGCAGCUCGAGCACAUGAGUGAAAUGACACUACGUAUUGAUACAGAGCUAGAGAUCUUACGACGCAGUUGCUUUGCAGAGCGCAAUGCCCAAUGGCAGAACGUUGCACCGGAUCAGUUUGAGUUCCAACCCGUGCCUAGCGACGUUUGGACGCUACAACCACCGAAUGAUAAGUUAGUACUGCGCAAGAUGAAGAUGGAAGGCGUGUUAGACGGUAGUGGCAAGGAAUUUUACCCGCCAGACAAGACACGUCAUCAGGAGACGGACGUUGCGGAGUUUGUACGCGACCGACCAUGGCCGCCUCGAGAAUUUGCAUUGAAACCAUUAGUAAAAGCUUCAAGAGGAAGAGGCGGUAAACGAAAAGCUACUCCAAUGGGUGCAGUGCUCGAUCCAGUUCCAUUGCUGGCGAAAAUGUGCCGAGAAUGUAAGACACAGUCGACGCCGUUGUGGCGUACACAGACAAGAACGAUUAAAGUGAAGAAAAUGAUGACGGAUGUUGGUGUGAACUUGACGAAUGCUUUUGGAGUGCAGAGUGUGACCAAGACUAUACCACAGACGACGGGAGGAAAGAUGCAAGAGGUGGAGGAGGAGAUAGAAGUGGAUUUAUGUCUUCAGUGCUAUUUAAGACUGGAGCGAGCAGAUCUUUUCGAUAAGAAAAGUGUUGAAAAGAUGAAAGGAGAACGCCGUAAGAAGGAUCAAGCAGCUUCGGCAGCGGUGCAGGAGAAAAAGAGGCUGAAGCAGCAGAUUUACUUACUCAAAAAACAGCAAAAGCAGGAGACAAAAGCUGCACAACAAAUGAUGGAUAAUGAUCAAGUGACAGCGAACGUACCAGAAGAUGUUGCAGAUUCUGCUGCAGUGAUUCUUAAGUUUACGAGGAAGGAGAUUGAAGCUGCUACGGGGACAGCUAAAGAGAAGAAGAAAGUCCGGAAGCAUAGUCGCAAAGAUAAAAAGAAGAAGAAGAAAAACCGUCGUAAGCGUGAACAGAUGGAAGACUCGGAGAGCGAUAGUCCGACCACAUUUCCAUCACCUGCGCAGAUGAAUGGAUAUGUAUACGCCGAUCGAGCCUUAGAUUCGUACGCAUCUCCUCACGUUUCAGCGCGUGAGGUUAAUCAAGCAGACCCAAUUCGACAGAAGGCAGUGAUAGUUGAAACAGAGCCGGAAGUAGUCGAUGACGGUCUGUAUGAUUUACCGAAGGAAGAGCCAUCAACAGCUGCAAGAUCGUCGUCUCGGAAGCGAAAGAGUGUACAACGUACGGAGCCAGUCCUAUCGGUUGAAUUACCUGUAUCUACUUUGAAGAAGCGCAAGACGUCAUUAUCUCGGACAUCAAGGCCAAACCGUGCAGUUACAAGUACGGCAGUACUUGCUACCGCUGUUACACCAUCGGCAUCUUCUAUAAAAAAGCGCUCUCGUACAAAGAAGGAAUUGGCACAUGAACGAGAACUGCGUGCUCGUGGUCAAUAUUGUCCAGUAUGCAAUGAAGUUUACGAAGACGAUGAUCAAAAUACAUUUGUGUGCUGCGAUUCGUGUGAACUCUGGGUCCACGGUGCCUGUGAUCCAAGUCUUACUCAAGAGAUUAUUGCAACCAUGGCGAACAGUGAAGAGAAAUAUAUUUGCCCAUUAUGCAAUGGAAGUAUUGGUUACACUAUAACCCUUCGUGACUCACCCCCACCACUCAUAGACGACGUCGCUUGUAUUGAGAUCGCCCAUGUUUACUCGUCCUUGGCUCCACUGCUUCUCUACGGUCACACGUCGCAAAGAAUAUCCAAGAUGGUAUCCUAUAAACAACAAUAUGAGUCAAUACAGGCAGAGAAAGCACAAUUGAAUGAAAAGAUUGACAUGCUGGAGAAAGUAGUACAAGAAUUAGGAGGUGUCUUACCAAAUGAUGAAGAAAUACUGGUCCAAGCAAAGCAAGUUGAAGCUCCAGUGGUACGUGAUCGUGAGGAUGAAAAAGCAAGAAAUUUAGUCACAACUGGAAAAUGA